AUGGUUGAAACAGAGCGAAUUAUUCUGAGUUACUUCCAGCCUCAUCCUGUACCGCCCUUUCCAGCCAACGGGUCAUAUACUGCCAACCUGGAGUCUUCAGAGUGUGCUUUUGCCCCCAGCGAUUGUGUCAACGUGUCGGGGUAUUCCUCGUCCCUGACCAUCAGACUCACUCUAAACAAUGGCUCCCUGCUCGCCAACAACGUUAGCAUCUUCCCUCCUUCUCUACCCACGCGUUUCCAAGUCGAGAGACACUGGGCCGUAGACUCGAAACCUGGAUCUGGCAGCGAAAUCGUAACGGUGGCAUAUAAGACAGACGUACAGUCUAUCCCGCCGUCGCAGAGGCUCAAUACCUUACCCGAACGCGGCAGAAGCACAUUCUACCGCCUCAAGCUUAGCCUUUUCGAUUUGCAAGGUCGACCCGCCACUAAAAGACCUGUAUCUGUGGGUCUCGUUCGUACUCAAGCUCGACCUGGGAAUGAAAGCGGGAUCGGGGUCGAGACUGGGUCCGAGAGUGGAACGCUCCAGGUGGUCCAGAUUGAAGAGACCGUCCAUCGCGUAUAUCACCAUCACCUCCAUACAUCUCAGAAUCGCAACCCAGAUGGUACAUGGAGCUGGUGGCGGAUGAAAAGUUGGAAGUCGUACUUUAUUUCAAACAAUCGCGAGGCUUCAGAAUCAUCAGGGCAGGCAGAGACAGCAACCUCUCGCCUGCCUCAUCUUGACACUACAUCUGGGAUGACAGGUAAAUCAAAGGGACCGGCCCACUGGAUCGGCAACCGGCAUUCCUGGCAUCUUUCGAAGCUAGUCCUUGUUCCCGGGUUCUUGGAGCUGGCCAUUGCUGUUCUCUGUUCUGUGACUGGUUAUCUCAUGGGAAUCGCCAUUGUUGCGGUGUACGAGUACUUCUGCGAGAGUGAUACGGCUUGUUCUAAGGGGCCUGACCCUGAAAGACCUCCCGGGGACGAUGUUAUCUUCGACUCUGAUACCGAGAAGCGCAGGCUUAGUAUCAUAUCCAGUGACUCAAGCGAGUCUGAGGCGUAUAUAUAG